UUCGUUUCAAGACUUGAAUCGCAACUCGUUUUUCAUAUCUUUUAUCGUAUUUAAGGUUUGAAUUCAAAGUUAAAACAAGUCUUUGAAAUGCAUUUUUUGGCACAACUUUUGCUUUUGUUGUGUUUGAGAGGACUGUCGUUCGAGAGUUCGGACACUCGCUCUCUUUGGUCGCCUCUUUCGCGUGCAUUYGUUGAAUAUCACUCUAAAAGAGUGGAUUAUUUGAUAGAAAACUUGGUCUCAAUCACCAAUUCAUCGGAACUGUCGUCUGAAUGUCGGAAAUCUGUGUUUUUUGUGUUAAAAAGUCUAUCAAAAGGCCAUCUCUUUGCGUAUCAAAUGUUCGAUUCGAGUUCUUCUUUUCCACCUCAAGGACUGCUCACCGGAACAGUUACCGAACUCGGCGAUUACGACCAAUGUUUGCAAAUAAACUCGGCCCCCGAAGUCGUCGGUAAACCGCAGAUGUGUUUGGUGUCCGUUUCGGUGCCUCUUCCGCCUCCAAACACUCCACACCUGAAUCUCAAUCACGGCGUUGACGGUCUUCUUCCGCCCAAUUCGUCCGACUCGUCGGUAAUGCGUCAUUUGUCGUCUUCGGCCGUCUUUUUCUAUUUAACCGAUUUGCGAUUCGCACUUUGCGUUCCUUCGAAAUGUCGUUCUUCGGACGUCCUGUCUCUGUCCCGUUCGGCUUUAAUAAGAUCUGGACUUUCGGUGAAAUCCGUCGAUUGUAACACAGAUUCCGUUGAUUUUCUUUUUCUCCAUUUCCUCGCUCUAUUGAUUUCUUCAUUGUUGGUCGCGUUCACUUUAAUCGCUUUUUUCGUUUCUCUUUUUCCGCCUUCUUUSCGGCCAUUUGUGAAGGCCUUCCGUCUUGAAGACAAUAUCCGCCGCGUCUUCCGUACCGACAAUUGUCCGGAACUGCGAUCUCUGGACGGAAUCCGCGUUUUAACCAUUUCUUACAUAAUAAUCGCUCAUCAAAUCGAAUACACCGAUUGGUCGCUCUAUAAAAACACUUUUGCAAUUCGACAUUCUCUGAGUUCAGUCUUCAUUCUUCCGCUUUCUAAAGUCCAUACAAUCGUCGAAACAUUUUUCGUUCUCAGUGGUUUUCUGGCCGCCCACACAACUCUCAAACGCGUCAAAUGCUUUUCCGUUUUCGCUUACGUCUGGACCCGUGUUUUGCGUCUUUGGCCAUUAAUGGCGGUGUUUGUCGUUUUGACCACUUUGUUGCCAUUGAUGGGUUCGGGUCCCGUUUGGAACUCUUUCCUCUCUUCCCGAAUCGACUCUUGUCACUCCAAUUGGUGGCAAAACCUCUUAUUUCUCCACAAUUUGAUCGAUUCUUCCCGAAUGUGCAUUGACAGCACGUGGUUUCUCUCGGUGGACAUGCAGUGCCAUCUGUUGUCAGUGUUGGUGGUGGCCGUUCUCGUGCGUCGUCCGCGUUUUGCACUUUUAAUUUCCGCGCUUUUGAUCUGUAUUUCAAUGACAAUCGUUUCGGUCGUGAUUUUGGUAAACGAUUUCUCUGCGGGACGCGUUUCUACUCAAAUCGGACCAUAUUUUCUACAAGAGUUCCGACAACUCGUGUAUUACCAGCCGUGGCCACAUUUGGCCGUUUAUUUCGUCGGCUUUUCGUUUGGCAUUUGUUUCAAUCUUUGGCCACAAUUUCGACUGAAAAAAAAACAACAGCUCUUUCUCUGGCUUUUCGUGUUCCUGUGUUUCGGUGUCGCCCUCUACGACACGGCCUACUGGACAGGGGGCGAACACCCGAACAACCGCUAUAUCUCCGCAAUAGUCUAUCCUUUGGCGCGAAUUCUUUGGUCGAUUGGUAUUUGUUGUGUAAUAUAUUUGUCGGAAGCGAAUCCCAACUCUCUGUUGAAAUGGCGGUUCUUUGUUCCGCUGUCUCGCGUCUCGUAUUCGCUGUAUUUGACGCACGUGUGGGUGGUGUGGUGGUGGUGGGCUUCGAGACGCCGAUUGCCUUCGACUUCCGCUUCCGAAGUCUUUUCCAGUGUUUGUCAAACGAUUUUUAUCUCUUUUUUGAUGGCAUUCUUGGUUUCGGUUGUAAUCGAGAGUCCGAUCGCGAGAUUGCAGUCUUGGGUUCGAUGUUUGGUCAAAGACGGGAACGGGACAAACGCAACACCUGUUGUUAGAACUCAAUGA